GUCAGAUUCCCUCUCAAUCGUUUUCAGCCGUCGUACGUACAACGAUUCCCUCUCUGUCCACUUCUCCCUCCCCCUUCUUUUUCUCUCUAGCGUUUAUAUUACGCUUGGGCAACUCCUCUCCUUUUUAAGUUUGAAGCAUCAGAGGGUUGUGUCUGUGUCGAAGAGUAAUUUCCGUUGUGUGUGUGUGUGUGUGUGAGAGAGAGAGAGAGAGAGAGAGUGAGAUUGUAGGAAGAUGUCAGCAACAGAUGGAGGUAGAGGUGGUGGUGUGAGGGAGGAAGGGAAGAAACCCCUGGAUCAGCCUGCCCACAUUAACCUCAAAGUCAAAGGCCAGGAUGGUAACGAGGUAUUUUUUCGAAUUAAACUUACCACCCAACUGAAGAAGCUCAUGACUGCAUACUGUGAUCGGGUGUCAGUAGACAUGAACUCGAUCGCCUUCUUGUUCGAUGGCCGGAGACUCCGGCCUGAGCAGACUCCAGAGGAGCUCGAGAUGGAAGAUGGUGAUGAGAUUGAUGCAAUGCUGCACCAAACUGGAGGGUGAGCAUGAAAGUUGUUGAACCCCUUUUUUUCUUAUAAUUUUUAUAUUUAAUAGAGAAUUAUGAAAUUUUAAGUUUCUGUGUUUAUGAUAAUUGUAAUGGAGUUCUGAUGAGAUGAAUAUUGAAAUAAAUGUUUUCCUGG